CGUCCGAGCGCGCGUCCGAUGGCGCUGCGACUCGACGCGCAAGGUCGAGAGAUUGACGAACGCGGCGAAUUGGUGGUGAACAAGGUUAUCGAGACGUCGACGCUGAGCGUGAAUUUGAAGCAGCAACGCGCGAACGCUUUCGCGCAGGCGCAGGCGGAAGCGCAAGCGGAGAUCGCGAGUCAGGCCGGGGCGGAUUUUGACGAUCCCAGAAUGCGGGCUUUCGCGGGAAAGACUCGGAAAAAGCGUUCGGCUUUACAGUUCGUCGAGGACGGUAAGUUUCAGAAAGAAGCCGACAUGCACAGGCUUCGCAUGCAAUUCGGCGACGAAAAGGCGGAAAGGAUGAAGGAGCGAUCUGAGCGCGAGCGCAAACACGCCGAACGCAUGGAAAAGUUGGAAAAGGAGGCGACGAUGGAUCCCAACUUGGUUCCGGUAGGCGAGCGCCCUUCGGCGGCGAAGGGUGCGAGCGCGGCGAGGCCGUUAGCGCCUUUGGAUGAAAUACCCGACGUCGAAUGGUGGGACCGGGAUAUUUUGCGUAACGGGACGUACGACGACGUCACGGGUGGAAAAUGGAACGUGAAUAUGGACAAGUUUAACGUGUACGUCGAGCACCCCGUGCCGAUCAAACCGCCUCUGAACGCGCCUGCGCCGGCGCCGCAACCUCUGAUGCUCACUAAAGCGGAGCAGAAGAAACUGCGCACGCAGCGUCGCGUCGCACGAGAAAAGGAAAAGCAAGAGAUGAUCAGGCAAGGGUUGAUUGAGCCCCCGAAACCAAAGGUGAAAAUCUCCAAUUUGAUGCGCGUGUUGAAGGACGAAGCCGUGCUCGAUCCCACAGCUAUGGAGAAGGAAGUGCGAGAGCAGAUGGCUGAGCGCGAGCAAGCUCACCAAGAUAGAAAUUUAGCGCGCAUGCUCACGCCGGCGGAACGACGUGAGAAGAAGAUGCGCAAGUUGCUAGGGAACGAUGCGGCGGGCGAGGUACACAUGCACGUGUACCGCGUCGAAGACAUGUCCAACACAAAGAAUAAGUUCAAGGUUGACGUGAACGCGCAAGAGAAUCACUUGACGGGCGUCGGUUUAAUCGCUGAAGCAUUCACGAUUGUGAUCGUCGAGGGAACGGCGAAAGCCGUUCGCCGUUACGACAAACUCAUGAUGCGCCGAAUCGAUUGGAACGCCAAGCUGAACGAUGAUAACGACGAAAUGGACGCCGACGACGCGAAGAAGAACAAGUGCACUCGCGUGUGGAGAGGGACCUCGACAUCACACGCUCUGAGACGCUUCUGUUUCGAGACGUUUCGAUCGGAUGCGGCGGCUCGACGAUACUUAGCAGAGUUCAAGCUCGAACAUCUUUACGACGCCGCG